GAGCCAGACGACACAUGACGCCUCGCUCCGUGUGACUCCGCCGUUCGCUCGUUUUUUGAUGGAAAUUACGCAUUUUCCUUUGUAGACAGCAGCCGGCGCGUCCUUGUGUCUCCAGAAGCACCAGAGUGUGGCUCAUUUAGCCGUGAUGACAUCACGGUGAGGACCGGGAGACAUUGGUCCCCACCGCCUGCACGCGAGAAAACAAACCCGAACCCCGUCACUGUACAGUCACACGCACGGAGACUGACUGAUUGAUUGAUUGGUUGGUUGGUUGACUGACUGACAGGGACCUGGAGGUGGUGAUCGGUUGACAAUAAUCGUCCCGGGGGUCGCGUGCGCAGCAGCAAAUUGUGAGGUUUCAUCUUGUUUACAAAGAAAGCUAAAAACACUGCGGAGUGGGGAAGGCGAGCCUCAUGAGUCGGCCUCGUGGCUUGCAUCGUCAAAAUGGAUUUAACUAAGAUGGGUGUGAUCCAGCUCCAGAACCCCAACCACCCCACCGCCCUGCUGCAGAAGGCCAACCAGAUGCGUCUGGCCGGGACCCUGUGUGACGUGGUCAUCAUGGUUGACACUCAGGAGUUCCACGCCCACCGGACCGUGCUCGCCUGCACCAGCAAAAUGUUCGAGAUCCUCUUCCACCGCAACAGCCAGCAUUACACCCUGGACUUUCUCUCACCAAAGACUUUCCAGCAGAUUUUGGAGUAUGCUUACACUGCCACGCUACAGGCCAAGGUGGAGGACCUGGACGACCUCCUGUAUGCAGCCGAGAUCCUGGAGAUCGAGUACUUGGAGGAGCAAUGUCUCAAGAUCCUGGAGACCAUCCAGUCCUCGGACGAGAACGACGUUGCUAAUGACGGAAGCACGGAGGAGGACGAAGAGCGCAAAGGCCACAACGGAGCCAAGAACUCUAAACAACAUUCCGUGGUGAGUCCCUAUCUGACCGCUUCCCAGCAAGCCUCCCUUUCCGGGAUGGUGGACCAGAGUCCCUCGGUGUCCACCUCCUUCAGCGUCUCCAGCCUGAGUCCCACCAAAGCUGCUGUGGACAGCCUGAUGAGCAUCGGCCAGUCUCUGCUCCAGCAGGGCUUCUCUGCCGAGCAAAUUGUCCAAGCCAACGCCCACCACCUGAUGACCGAGAUCAAGACGGAGAUGAUGCAAGUGGACAUGGGCGGCAACGGCCACGACAGCCCUCAGAACAUGGAGUCCAGCGCCUCCAGCAACGGAGAGCGAGGCGGCGAGGACAGGAACCGAGACGGCCCCGGCACACCGACCAGGAGCAGCGUGAUCACCAGCGCCCGGGAGCUGCACUACGUCCGCGAUGACGGCAUGGGCGACCACCACGCCGAGGUCAGCCAGAUGGGGCUGGAGGCGAUGGCUGGGAUGACGGAGAAACACCUGGCCUCGCUGUACGCCCUACCCGUCAAUCACAAAUCAGAUGGCAUCAUGUCCAUGCCGGUGUCCAUGGCCUCCGCUCUCCCCAUGUCCCCGGCCCUGGCCAUGUCUAUGGACUUCAGUGCCUACGGGGCCCUCCUGCCUCAGAGCUUCAUCCAGAGGGAAUUCUUCAACAAGCUCGGGGAGCUGGCGGUGGGCCUGAAACCAGACGGCAGGAACCAGCACGAGCGCUGCAAUGUGUGCGGUGCAGAGCUGCCAGACAACGAGUCCGUGGAGCAGCACAGGAAGAUGCACAGUGGAAUGAAGACCUACGGCUGUGAGCUGUGUGGGAAGAGCUUCCUCGACAGCCUCCGUCUACGCAUGCAUCUGCUGUCUCACUCAGCUGGUGAGAAGGCCAUCGUUUGUGACCAGUGUGGCGCCCAGUUCCAGACAGAGGAAUCCCUGGAGGCUCACCGGAAGAUCCACACCGGCUCGGACAUGGCCAUCUUCUGCCUGCUCUGCGGGAAGCGCUUCCAGACCCAGCCGGCGCUGCAGCAGCACAUGGAAGUCCACGCCGGCGUCCGCAGCUACAUCUGCAGCGAAUGCAACCGGACCUUCCCGAGCCAUACUGCACUCAAACGUCACCUCCGCUCACACACAGCGGGGGACCACCCAUACGAAUGCGAGUUCUGCGGGAGCUGCUUCCGAGACGAGAGCACGCUGAAGGGUCACAAGCGCAUCCACACCGGGGAGAAGCCCUAUGAAUGUAACGGCUGCGGCAAGAAGUUCAGCCUCAAGCACCAGCUGGAAACCCACUACCGCGUGCACACAGGUGAGAAGCCAUUUGAGUGCAAGCUGUGCCACCAGCGAUCCAGGGACUACUCGGCCAUGAUCAAGCACCUGCGCACCCACAAUGGCGCCUCGCCCUACCAAUGCACCAUCUGCCUGGAGUACUGCCCCAGCCUGUCAUCCAUGCAGAAGCACAUGAAAGGCCACAAGCCCGAAGACGUGCCCCCAGACUGGCGCAUAGAGAAGACCUACCUUUACCUCUGCUACGUCUGAGUCCGGGGGAGUGAAGAGGGAAAGGGUACGUGAGCGGGUGGGGACGAGGAGGAGAGGAGUAUAAGGAGGAGGAGGAGGAGGAGAGGGGAAUGUAAUUGAGCGGAGAGGAGGCAUUUGGAGUGUUGACAGCUGAGGAACGUCAGCGGCGAGAGACUCGAAAGCAAGAGGGUUCGAUUUCUCUUUUUUCUUUUCAUGCAAAAGGGCGGCGGCAGCGACCGGCCGAUGGGGGGGGGGACACGGGUGCUGAGAAGAGGAAGACUUGGACACGGAGAGAGAUUCUCCACCAUUGUUCGGAUUCACCGGGUCAUUCACUACAUCGGCAACUGUGGUAUUGUUUCGGGUCAUUUCACACGGCACCAGAAAGCGAGCGAGCGGCGAGGAAGUGACGCUGCUGCAGCCACCAGGGGGCGAGGAAGCCGAUUCUCAAGGGCUACCUGAACCACCGGGAACUGAAUCUCUCACUCCGUUUCUUUAGUCCAAAACAGAUGAAAGGAUUUUUGUUGUGUUUACCGUCACGCUUCACAUCAAAGAAUAUGUAAAGCAUCAGAUUAGACCUCCUCUUCAUCAUCACCAUUUCCACAAACCUACAUUUCUAAAAUCAACGCCAAAUUUAAUUCUAGACGGAAACAUAUUUUCCAUUUUCAGUUGAGUUUUAAAACAGCCGUACACUCCUGUGGGAGUUUUUCCUGCUUUUGGGUGAACUCGCCCCCGGAUCUUUCCCAAAUGGGAAUCAGAUCACUUUGUUUAAGCAGCGGGACACAGGUCUUACCCCAAAAAAGACAGCCCUUGAGAAUCGGCAAGAGGAGCCGCUCGGCUUCUUCAGCAGACGAAACAGCUGAACUGGACAGGUGGGAGCAUUAAAAUACUGCAAACCAAGCAGUCAUUUGGUUGUUUGGGUGGUGGUGGUGACGGGGGGGAAGCUGGCGCUGCCUAUGGUUGGAUGCCUCCCUGGUUUUUUCUCACUAGUCUUCCUGGUUGUGCAUCAGACGAUGACUGGAGGAGGAGGAGGAGUCAUCACUGGCGCCCCGCCCACCCACCACCCCCCCCCCCCCCCCACUCCGAGCCGAAGGCUAACUUGCGUCACUUUUGUUUCUAUCACAUAUAUUUUAUUUUUGCUCUAGCUCCGCGUCAUAGUUUAUCAAAGCUUGAAUGCACAGAUAAAACAAAUGACGACAACAGUCUCUGUUCGAUGUCUGCGAGGUCGUAUAUCCUCUCCCAUUAAAACCAUAACCCGCUACGGCAGCACGCCACCAUACACCCAACAAUACUCAGCUACUCAGCAAUACAAGACUGGACUGCGUGUACCCAUGUGCAUUGUAACCACACCACUAUCAUAAUCUCACACUACACAACAACACUCUAUAACACAGCGGAUCGGUCCAUUCACCACCACUGUGAUGGAAAACAACGUUUUUGGGAUACAGCUGCUUAUUUCUCUUCUUGUUUUUGUUUUGGUGGGAGUCCUGUGACUUUGACUGCUCGUGGUGAAUGUUGAAGAGGUGCUGGGAUGCCUUAGCUGCACCCCCGAGCAGCUCGGUGGAAGGCGGUGCUGCAGGAUGAAGACUGUUAUAUGGCUGCAAAAAAAAAAACAUGAAUGUGAAAAGACUGUGAGCCCGGUUCGGACAAAGGCGAAAUGUUACUGUCGCAGGUUAAUGCUGCAUUACAGGUCAAUGUCGGACAUCUUUAAUUCCAAGCAGUCAUAUAACAUAACCCCCGGCCAACCAGGGAUUCGAACCUUCCCCCCUUUAGAUCAUUCAAUUAAACUAAGCUCUACAAUGAGACAAGGAUUUAAUUUUCAAACUAGCUUAUCCGGCCUCAGAAAACCUCAGAAAAGGCUGUGCUUCAUUUUGUAGUCAUAUUACAGAUAUGAUGUUUAAAUAGUUCAUAAUCUCAGAUAUGUUUGCACUGAAGAAAUCAUCAUCAGGGCUUUAAGCAAAUCGAAAAGAAUGAAAGAUUGGAGGGUUAGUCAAAACCCUCAGGAUAAUAUCACAAAAACUAUAUUGUUACAAUAACCUUUAAAGUCUCAAACCCAAAUUCAAAUCUUUUCGCACUUGAUGUUUGAAUUUCAGACUUUCUGACGUCCCUGAAAGCAGCAUUAGUCCUCUCAUGGUGAACACAGCCACAGGUAUUAAGGUCGAACAGAAAGACUUUGAUGAACGUCACUGAUUGGACGAGAUACAGCCCAGCAGCUUAGGGGGCGACCAGUAAGACGACAGAACAAAUCUGCUCUCUCUCUCUCUUUCUGUGUUUUUUUUUUUUUUAUCGUCCCUGCUCUUUGUCUCUCCUCUCCUGUCGUUUGUUGUCGUUAUUGUUGACCUUGAGUUUUAUCUCAACACAUCGUACUUGAAUUUUUGUGACCUCAUGUUGCUUGUGUAUUUUUUUUUCCUUUUUUAUUUUUGGUUUCAUCUGUACUUUUGUUUUGUUCUCGUUCAUGAGCGUACGUCGGAAAGAUGCAUUGCACAACGUGAUGAAGCAAUGGAGACGAUGAAAACAAAUAUUAAGUGCCACGGUGAAGAGAUAUGUUUUUCUAAUGUUGUGUAUUUCUUUGUGCAUUAGUUGUUACCAAACUUGGUAUUAUUAUUAACCCUGCUUGUUAAAGAGCCGGAAGGUUUGGUCAUUUGUUAUAAAAGCUACCUCUAAGUUGUUUUAUUUUCCUUUUAUUUUUUUUGCAAAAGCACAUAUUUGUGUGUUUGUGUGUUUUGCGUUAUUUCAUCAUUGCUACUUCAUCUCAUGCUUUUUAAUUUUUUUGAUUUAUGAUUGUGUUUUUGAGCAAAAUGUACAUAAAAGGGUAAGAAAUAACAAAAGUAGAGAUUGAUAGGAUGUGAAAAUCAUUCAAACGGAUGUUUAUUCUUCUCUUAUAGUCCCCCCCCCCCCCCAACUCCAACCAGAGAAGCGCAGAGAAAAAAACAAAAGCAAUUCUGAAGCCUUAAGUGAUGAGUCGGACGGACGCAGCAGACGAGAGGAAUUUUCUUUUCAAGAGGGUUUAAAGUGGAGAAUUUAAACUUGAAAAUAUGUUAAUAGAAUUGUAGUUUUGUAAUGUGAAGAAGAAGAAAAAAAAGAGAAAAGAGGGUUCAUGGAAAAUAUGUCGGAAUCUCCCUGGACGGGUGAAAUUUGCAGCGAUGCAGCGUGCGUUGGACAAUUGGAACUGCAAGCGGUAAUCAAAACAAAAAAAAAAUAACAAAAGAAAUGAAAAAAAUACCCUGAGGGUUAAAAAUAGAGUAAUUCUCUCGUGUAUUCCUGAACAAGAGCCACCAGAGGCAAUUUGAUAUAUAAAAAUUGUGAUAUUUUUGUAUCGUCAGUCCUUUUUCCAUUUGUGGAGGGUCACAGCAGGGCACAAAUAUUUGUAUUUCCUUUUUUUUACCCGUUUUAUUUUUUCUCUUCUCUCUGGGUGUGAAUCAUUUUUGCCUUGCUCCUCUUUGAUAUUGUUGGACAAAAAAACUGUGUGUGUGAAACAUAUUGUAAUAAUAAGUGUUGCUUUCUGGAUGUCAAUUGCAUUGUAGGUGAAGGACUCAAAUCUAUCUGCCACAACUUUUACGAGUGUGUGUGUGUGUGGAUGUGAGUUUGAAAAAAACAAAAAAACAAACAACAAAAAAAGAUGAUAAAAUACAGCGAGGAGGGGGAGGGGUGCUGUCAAAACCGACCAAUUAGUACUUGUCAUUCACAAUUUUUCAAUCAAACUUGACUGUCGACAUAUUUUUGUUUUUGUACUUGAAAAAAAAAUGAAAAAAGAAGAAGGGAUGGCACGUCCCGUUUGGUGUCUUGCCAUUUUAUUCUCAAACACUGUGAGCAGAGGGGGCUUUUUUCACCCUCCUUAAAAAUAUCCACCCACUAUAAUAUACUCAGUCACGGCUCAGUCUGAAACCACCACAAUGCAAAACCUGUGCAGUCACGUUGUUCCCAUCAUCGUCCUCUGAAUGUUUUCUACUUCUCUCUCGUGCGGGUGAACGAGUGCGUAAACGACUGUGUAACUAUGUGCGUGCGUGCCUGAUUGUGCGUCUGUGUGUAUGUAUGUGUGUGUGUGUGUGUAUUAGUGGAAAAAUGCACUAAUCAGAUCAGAUACAAAAUAAGAGGAUAUUCUAUGCCACUUUUUUCUCUAUGUUGGAAAAAAAUAUAUAUAUACAUUGGCAUCGAUAUAGUUCUUCCCUCAGUGUUCCUCCGAUGUUUCUGUACUAUCUUUGUGCCUAAAAAUGGAAAUUGUUCAACAAAAAUAUCCAUCUAUAUCUGCUUAGUUUUCUGUAUUUUCAGAAGAAAAUAAAAUGGUGUCUCCAGCACCCUAGGGAUGUCAUGACGCUCGUAAAUGACCCGAUUUGGGGUUUUUUUCUUUUUGUUUUUUAAGAUCCUGAAUAGAGCAGGGCUUCUUUUUCAAGGACUGCAAUAAACCCCUGAAUGCUACUGAAAUAGCAACUGGAAAUUUUUGCAUUCACUUCUUCUUCGUCCUCGUCCUGGUCUGUGAUUGGCGCACACAAAAGGCAUUUGUUUAGUGAACACAAAGCAAAAAGCAUGCAAAGACAAAAUGUGCUGGAACGCAGACGUGCAAAUCUGCUCCACGCACAUCGUCUGUUUUUUUUAUUUUUAUUUUACAGCAACAGGUUUGCUAACGAGAACUUUAUAUAUCGCUCUUGGAAGAAAAAAAAAAUUGCGGAGGCCUCCAUUUGGGUAGGUUGGCACUGGGGUAUCCCUCCUCCCCCUUCUGCGUUACUUCAGUUUUUUCGCCUUUUUGAAAGUACUUUUUCUUUUUCUACAAAAUGCAUUUUAGAAGGGGAUGUGAAAUUUCGUCAGAGAGGAAUCAUGGCAUCCCUGGAGCUGGCCCUCUGUGUUUUGGUGUGGUGUUUCUAGAACAAAGUAGCCAUUUCAUGCAGUGUUGCGAUGCAUGUGCCAUCAAGGUCUAGACUAAAAACUGUUUGAGUAACAAAGCACCAAGACAUUGUAUUUUUUUAUAUUAGCACUGAGGACCAAUCGCCCUGUCGGACCAAGCAUAACUAAGCUUUUUGUGUAACGAAGCUUUUUUCUCUCGUUGUCUUUCCCUGGCUUGUCUGUGCUACUUCUCUCCUCCAUUGUUGUGACAGCACAAGUGCCAGUCGAGUUGCUCUGUAUUAAGAAAAAUAGUGUUUUUAUUAUGAUUUGAAUUGUUAUAGUUUUUGUCUACCUCAGCACCUAAUCUUAGCCUAAUCUUAGAAGGUGCCCAAUUAUUAUUUUUUAUUUUCUUUAUUUUGUUCUCUCUAUUGUUGUCGGUUGUAUGAUCAUUCUUUUUUUCUUUUUUUUUUGAAAAAUUUGCAUUAGAGCUUUGCAAAGGUCCUUUGUCUUUUCCAGCGACAAUGUGCUAUUUUUUGUUUUUUGUUUUUCGUGGCCGUGCGUUUCCUGUUGAGCUGUGCCACCAAUCUAUAGCCACCGUCUGUUGAUAUAGAGGUUGUUCUUUUUUGUUUUCUUUCCAUGUAGAAUCGGACACAUCUCUUUGUAACAUUUCAGUGUUCUCUGAUGGAGUGUGAAAAAAAAUAAAAAGGAUAAAUAAAAGAUUGAAUGCUGCAGGUUCUCUUCUCCAUGUUGUCACUAAAGUCAAUGUUGUGCCUUUGAUAGUGAAAAUAUAAAGAAUAUUUCAAGUUGUUUUUUUUUUUACAUCCUACUAACGGUAGAUUGUUUUUUGUAGUGACAUUUUUUUGUAUUUUUAUUUAUGAGUCUCAUAAUAAAAAUCUAAUAACGAU